UUGACAACGCUCCCCCAUUUCUUUGUUUCCUUAUUCUCCUCGAUCGACUUACUUGUCUUUCUAAACGACAAGUAAUAGUCAGGCUACUUUAUAAUAUGGAAUACCCUGUUUUCUUCGAGUGCCAGACUCUGGACACAUCACAGAAAGAGAAGAUCAAAAAGUACUUUGAAAUUCGCCGUAAAUCCGGUGGCGGAGAUUGUGGACCAGUAGAAUCAGUUGGUGACAACGUUUACAAGAUCGCGUUUAUUGACCAGAAAGUACAGGAGAGGGUACUUCAGAAACCUAAUCAUGUGUUGGAGAUGCCUGGAGGACCUCUCUCCCUCACUCUGAGAGGCAGCCUGGAGCCUCCACCCACAACAACCUCUCCAGUCAGCAGUCAGGAGAUUCGCCACUCCCUCCCGGUGGAGACAUUGCCACCUGGUGGUCAAGAACAUGUACUUCAUUGUCUGAGCUUAUGUAAGCAGAAGAUCAACACCAUCUGUCGUCCGGGACAGGCCAAGCUCCGUCUUCUAGGGGAAGUGAUAGAGAAGGAUCUAGGUAAGGUUGUUCCAGGGGUGAGGGUGACGCGCCUUGACUCAGCUCAGAUGGUGCUGGAGGGCUUCUCAAGUGAAGUCCGGAUAGCCAGACAGUUGGUUCAAGAUAAAAUAUCUACGGUGAUGGAGCGGGUGGUGCCUGAGGUGUCCCUCCACCUCCUGUUCUUUCUGAGGAAGGAGUAUGGGAGGCCUGAGCACCUGAGCAGCCUGCUGGGGUUUGAAGGCCAGGUGGAGGUAGAGCUGGGGGACACAGAGCUCCGUCUAUUCGCCCUCUCCUCUGGGAAACUGGACCAGGCUGAGAAGGAUCUGCUGGGUGAGUUUGGGGAGGAGAAGAUUGACCUGCCCAACGGUGUCCUCCCAGCUGAACUGAAGUCCAAUCUUGAGAAGAAGGUGAAGGAGAUGAACCAGAGCAGCUGCCGGGUGGUGGCCAGGUACGGUCCUGGGUGUAGAGUGCAGCUGCUGGGCCACCUGAAGCAGGUUCAGGAGCUGAGGGAGGAGAUCGGGGACUUUCUGAUAGACCAGUCCAGUGGAAGAGUUGUGGGACGCCCUCAACAGAACCAUGGUGGCGUAGUCGGUGAAGCGGGCGCCGGACCAAGAUGUGAGGAGACGGUCGCAGCCACCAGCUAUUGCCUCCAGGGAGGGCUGCGGGUAUUGGUUUGUCAGGGUGACAUCACCAAGGAACAGGCGGACGCACUGGUGAACGCAGCCAAUGAGGAUCUGGAUCACGCUGGAGGUGUGGCUGCAGCUCUGAGCCGGGCUGGGGGGCCUGAGGUACAGCGGGCCAGCAGGGAUCUGGUUAGGCAGAUAGGGAGAGUACCCACAGGUACAGUGGUAGAGACUACAGGAGGGAAUCUGCCUUGUAAGAUGCUGCUGCAUGCGGUGGGACCAGUAGGGGGAAGCGUAGGUGGGAAUGAGCGCCCUCUGCUGGAGAAGACAGUAAUGGCAGCCCUGGAUCUGGCAGAGACCCUGGAGCUUCAGACCCUGGCCAUGCCCUGCAUCAGCUCAGGGAUAUUCGGCGUUCCUCUGAAGGUGUGCUCUGAGGCCAUAGUCUCUGCAGUGAGGGACUUUGGGAGGGAACAGCACAUCCUUACCAAGGUCACUCUGAUUGAUGUGAGUGGAGAGGCAGUGAAAGCCAUGCAGGAGGCCUGUGAUAGGCUGUUACAGGGUAAGAGGGAGUUUUCUGGUUGGGAGGGAGAGUCCAGCACCACCACUACCACUACACAUGCUCCUCAGAGACACCACUUCUGCCUCCGCAAGGGAAGCAGCCGCUCCAGAGGUCUGUGUCCAGGUGGAGAUCAUCCAGGGAACCAUAGAGAAGCAGCAGGUGGAUGCCCUGGUGUCCCCCAUGGUUGGUAGUGACCCUCUCUCCUCCCGUGUUGGUAAUGUCUUGUCGAAGGCAGCUGGACCGGGGCUGAUGAAAGCGUUUCUGAGGGAAUCAGGGGGACAGACUGCACCUGGUGACAACGUCCUGGUGUAUGGACUGUCUGGUCUCAGCUCUGGCCGUGUCUUCUUCCUCAGCUGUGCACACUGGGACAACAACUCCCAAGGACCAGCAGUACAGGCUCUGAGGCAGGGUGUGAGGAAAGUCCUGACCUCUUGUGAGAACCGGGGCUUC